AUGGUCAACGGCAUCGGCAGUUUUAUCCUAGCAUUUCUUUUAAGCAGUGCAGAGGCUGUUAUAACAACGAAAGGCCGUCGCUUUGUGGUCAAUGAGGGUGACAGUGUCGAGCUGCCGUGCAACAUCCAGGAUAUCGCGGAUGAUGCGGUGGUAAUAUGGAAACGAGGUGAGCAGGUGUUGUUCACAGACGAAGAGGUCUUUCAUGAGGAUCAACGAUUCCUUCUACACAGGGAAAACAAUGUAGGUUCUAACACUACGAUUUAG